CUUGUUUUAGUUUUUAUUUGCAAUCAAUUUCUUUUAUUUUUUUGAUUUUAGAUAUUCUCCCGAAAUUACCAUAAAAGUUUUUGGCUAUUUAUAAACCGGCCUUAAAAAUUUACAUAACUGUUUUACCACCACUAAUUAAAUACUUCUUAUAUUGACAUCUCUACAUAAAUAUAGGUCGGUUAUCAGUACUUAGCACGCAAACAAACAAAUCCACUACCACCGUGAACAUGAACGACAUUCCUGACAUUAAUAUUCCCAAUUUAAGUGACUUGGCAACGACUAGCAACACAACGGAUACGAGCACAAGUUCUGUAGUAAUAAAAUCGGUUAUAACAAGCAUAUCCCACGAAAAAGCGAACGGCGAAAGCGAAACUAAAAGGACGAAAAACACAACGCCUAAAGAAAGCCAAUUUUAAUAAUAACAAGCAUAUGCGGUUUUAAUUUUAGCACAAAUUACACAAUAUAACAGAUUUAGUCCCAUGUUUUCAUGGUAUUCUAGAUGUAGGUUUUAAACUGUCAAUUUAAAUACGUUAUUUCAGUUCAAUAUUUAUUUGCAGUCAACUUAAUAUGAAAUUAUAUUAAUAUUAUUUUGACUACAACUGCUUUUUAUUUUGUAUUAUAGAUGCGUUUCAAGUAUUUACACAGUAAGGUCCAGAGGCAAAGAUUGCAUUUUAUAAAAUAUUUUUUACACUAUAUUCCAAGUUAUAUUAUAGGAUGUUAAUUUAAGCUUGCAUUAUUACAAUCUUUUUGUGUUUACAGAUAUUUAGAGAAAUUAACAUUUUUUUAUAAUUCAUUUAAUGUUGAUAAAGUUGCCCAGCUUGUUAUAUUUCCAUGGAAAAAUGUAAAAAAAAAAUAUUUUCCCUA